AUGGAAGGCGUGGGAACGCCCCCACCAGCAGAUGGCGUUUCAGCCUCUGCUGAAGCGCCAGCAACGGAUGAUAAUCGAGGCGGGAGGUGCGUAUUGAAGAGUACAAACAGCAACAGUGAAUAUGUUGUCGACUCUGUAUGUGAGCGCACCUCUCGGCCCGUGAUAUCACAUACAUUAAUUUCACACCCUGAAGCGUUGCAUGAAAUAUUGAAAGGUCCCCAAAAGGAACAGCAAGAAGAAGGAGGAGAGGAACGUGGUAGAUCGUGUACUUCUUUACACUUCUGGAAUUCUUGUAUGUAUAAGCUACCGGUAACGGUACUUGAACAUAUAUUUUCUUUUCUUCCACCAAAAGACUUGUGUACGAUGCUUGGCGUAUCCCGUUUUUUUUACUGUAUUGCCAAUGCAUCAGACCAUACCGCUUGGAAAUCGGCUUGUUUCUCAUUAUGGUCUGACAAGGAAGGAUUUAUGCGUUUGGUGGGGGAUUGGUCCGCAAUCAUAAAGAAGUGUCAAGAAGAAGAACUGGAGGCUAUUUAUUUACAGCAACAGAUCCUAAAGGGUGAAUAUCUUGGAGAAACAACGGCUACUGCUUUAGAUGCGGUAAAAUACAAAUGGAGUGUCGCUGAAAAUGAAAAGGAAAGACAUAUAAAAGAGCAAGAACUGUUAUUAGUAUCACAGCAAGUAGGGCAUGAUUAUGGAAGUGAAGCGACAUCAUUAGGUGCAACAACAUGCCAUAGUGAUAGCAGUACAACUACGACAGGAAUAAUGCUUAAUAAAACCAGGGGUUUACGUCGUCAAGAAGAACAACAAGAGCUUUGGAAUGCUUUUCCGUUAAGAAACACAGAAACAUACGAAGCCAUCAAAAUGACGAAACUUCCAUUAUCUCUACAAAAAACUUUGGUUUCCCCUCUACAAGGAAAUUUUUUACCUGGAACUUCUACUGCUUCUUCCGUUUCAUCUGGAGGAGUCACUACAUCAAGUCGGAAAUUCUACUGGUGGGAAAUAAAAAACGACGUCCAGCAACAACAUCUCUCUCGUCUUGCAAGGAAAUCACUCCGACAACAACAAAAGCAACAACAACAACAACAACAACAACAAAAGCAGCAGCAGCAGCAGAAGCUUCCAGGUGGGAUGAGUCCUCUUCUCCUAGAUGGUAUUGAUGACGAUAAUGAUGAUAAGACGACAAACAGUUCUUUUCACAUUGACUUGGGUCGUAGUGAAGCCUCAAAUUAUGUUCGAAAACAAAAGUCUAUCACUUUUACCUCCCAUUCUUAUCCAGGUAACGAAUAUGAAAGCAGUAGGAGUGGUCGUUCUUCUUGUAUGGAUUCUCAUUUAAUGGGACGUUUUCUUCAUCCUGUGAAAACGCUGACAAGUAGUGUGCAGUCAGAACCUGUAUGUCAGACAUUAACGGAAAGUAUAUCAGAAAAUGGUCUCAAUGAUGGGAGUGAAGAAGAAGAAGAAGAUGGAAGUGAGGAUGAUGAUGAUGAAAGUGAGAGUGAAAGUGAAAGUGAAAGUCUUGUGGGUAAAGAAUAUCUCAAAAACCCAUAUCAAGAGUAUGAAGAAAAGAUGGCCAUGACCCGCGCUCUGAGUUUACAGUUGUUGCAUAAAAGACAAAGUACAAGUAUAUUAGCAACACAUGAGCAGGGAAAAAAAGAAGAAUAUAAUAACAAUGACAAUAUCAACAACGAUGACAGAAAUGACAAAAAAAAAGAAAUAUCAAAAGAAAACGAUGUUGAUGAUAAUGAUGAUGAUGAUGAUGAUGAUGAUGAUGAGGGAAUGUAUCUUCCAGUUUCGUGGAAGUUCGCAUAUUAUAUGUCUCUGCGUGACUCACGGUGUGAGCGUUUGACGGUGCAGGGUUUGAUGGAGACGACAUGGUUUGUUUGUUUUCGUCUCACAGGUAACAGUCAUCCUGUGACCUUUACAGAGAAUGGUACACUAAUCAUUCAUCCAAUACCCAGUCCAUUGAAUAACAAUAGCAGUAAUAAUAAUAAUAAUAAUAAUAAUAAUAAUAAUAAUAAUAAUAAUAAUAAUAAUCAUAAUCAUAAUCAUAAUAAUAAUCAGAGCAGUGCUGAUGGAUUCCCUCCCUUUACGUAUCAGUUACUUAAAGGAGGUACGGAACUUGAGGUAGAGACGUUUCCUCCAUUAAAGGUCCAACGACGUCUUGGUAAAGUGACUGGCAAUUCUACUAAUACUGCUUCUUCAGGAAAUGGUAGAUCAGCUAACAGUGCUGCCGAACGUGCAUUUAACGCUGAACCUGAUACGACCCUGCGAUCUCUCGCUGCUAUUGCUGCCACUCAUAAAAACACGACUGCAAAUGGACGAUGGGUGGUGGGAGAGUCCAAUGAGGAGAAUGAGAGAAAUACUCAGAAUGGCAAUACCACUCAUGAUGAUGAUGAUGAUAAUGGUGUUGGUGUUGGUGUGGAAGCGGCCACCAUACUUGUUGGACAGGCAAACGCGAAACGUGCUAAUAAUGACUGGGGAUGGGUGAUACAGAAUUAUUUUGUAAAGAUCUUCUCCGUGGACACACCCCUCCCUUUGUACAUUCACCGACUGCGGCGCAUGUGUGCGCCGCGUCCUCCCUAA